CGGGAGGGAACGCGGCGUUGUGCCUCGGACUUGCAUGGAGUGCAGCGCCGGGAUAAGUAGGAGUGAAGCCUGGCGAACGGCAUGGAGGCCCCCGUUUUUUCCUCGGGGAAAGACAACAGCCCUAUAGAGAGCCUGCCCGCUGCAGGACGACGGCCUGCAGACAUAAAAGAUAAAGAAGAUGCAACAUGGUAUUUCAAAACGUUGCAGUUGGCACUGGCUUUAGCAAUUAUCCGAUCCAAGCCACCAGAUAAAAGCAGCAAAGAAUACGCAGUGCACCUGGCCAAUAGAGUAUCUGAACAGGAUUCCAAAUGGAAAAUGAGAGUUAAAGCAUUAGAAAUGGAAGUUCUUCAUUUAAGGCAACAGCUCCUUUUGAAUAAAUGUUUUUCUGGAGUCAGUGUAAAAAACAGGAUUAUGCCACUUACAGGCCAGUCUGUGGCAGCUUCUAAUACAACAGACUGCAGUGACCUUUUUGAAGACUCUGGGUGUGAUAUCUCAAGUGAUUGUACAGAAAACCUGCCUAGCUUAAGCCUCAGGGGACAUGAUUUCAACAGUUUUCCCCCUCCCAUUUUGUCAAAUGUACUUCCCACAUUGACUUCCAGCAAGAAUCAAUCUGUGAUGCUGCACAUGCAGUUCCUACAACAUUUCAUUGAAAUAAGAAAUCUGGCAGAGUCCAAUAGUAUGAAAAUGGAUUUGAUGAAACUUGGAAGGGAUUGCUCCGUGGUGUCCAAUUCUUUUUCCCAGUUACUCGAUGGUCUGGUUACAUCAUAUAACCUUCCUGAACAACCCUUUCCAGAUUUUAUGACUCAGGCUGUUUUUAUCAUAGCUAAAUUAUUAAAUGAUGCUGAUUUUUCUUGUCGGAUAUUGGGAAGGUGUUUAAAAAAGUUGGAAGACUCUAUGGAAAGACUUGUACAAAUUAUUUUAAACAGCAGCUGUCUCAACAGAUUUCAGAUUCAGGAUUCCAUGUCCCGUACCCUUGUUCUGUUUGGGCAAUGUAGCAUAUUGAGGCGCUCUACAAUAUCCCUGCUUUUCAGAGAAAUCAGUCAAUUUGCUGAUAAAUUGCAGCAUGCGAAUAAGAUUCAAGCCAAAUAUAAUGUACAGUAUGAAAAUAUUUUCUUUCUGUGUAACAUUUUGGAACAGCUUCUUGAAACAUACAGAGAGCAAAAGAACAAAACCAGUCUUUGUUAUGAAGUAAAAGAGAAGAAAAAGAUUUUGCAGGACAUUGAUCAAGCUUUGCUCCAUCUCUCUGAUGAGUUUCCCUUGUUCUGUAUUUAUUUAUGGCGCCUGGGUACACUUUUGAAUGCAACAGAAAUAGAAACUGAAGGAAGAAACUGACCAGCUUUUGCUAAGAAAGAGGCCACUGAAUGAGAAUGAAGCUCUGAAACAAAGAUUUCUUCUGUUCUAUUUCAAAUUACCUGUGUCUUACGAUGAAUAAUAUUUCCCAUCAAUCAUGCCCAAUAUGAAAAGAGAUAUCCAUUUGUGGGAAAGUAGAAGCUGCAAAGACAUGAAAUAAAACAUUCCAGCUCCUCCCUUUCUUCUCUUGGCUCUUUUCUUUUUAAACUGACAUUAUGAUGAUUAUAAUGACGAUGGUGAAUACUGUAACUCCCAGACAGUAACUUGGCACUCCAAGGAGCAAAACGGUGCCCCACUGUCAAUUUCUAGACUUACAGUGGAAGAUAUUUUUGACUUAUAUAUUGAAUUUAAGACAUUGGACUGUUGCAACCAUGGUGUGGGGAAAUAUUUUACCACAGAGGACCCCCAAUCUGUUAUAUAUUCUGGAUAGCCUCAGAUUACUUUCUUCCUUCCAUCUCCCACCAAAGGAUUCUGUCAGAAAUGAUAUUAUAGAUAUUAUUCAGAAGUGAAAUUAUUUAAAUCUAAUCCUGAAUAUUUUGUUUUGGCACUUUUAAUUUUGUUCAAAAUAGGCAGGGAAAUCUUCCUAAACAAAUUUAUUUAUGUCAGUCAAAUAUAUCACAGUAAGUGUUUUUGACAACUGUUUACUCUAUUAUAAGUCUUCAACAAAUCUGAGAAAGAUAGCAGACAUUCUAAAUAUUCAGAUAUGUCAGCACAUCAUUGUGCAGAGAUAAUUAUUUUUCUUACCUUUCAUUCUUUUGAUUGUUUUAUGUUAGAAGAAAAAGAUUUCACUUUGUAACAUUCAGCGUCAGCCUUGUAUCUCACCAUAAUCUAUUUUCUGUCUUUACUUUUGUUUGUACGUAUCUCACAAUUUUUAAAAAGUUAUGAUGCCUUUAUGUGAUCUUAGUUCUAAUUAACAAAGUUGUUUAAAUGAUUCAUAACCAAUAAUGAGAAGCUUUAAUUCUACGAGAAAAAGAAAUUAUUUACAGGCAGUCCUUGUGUAGCUACUACAAUUGGGAUCCGCAAGGAACUCAGUAAGUGAAAUGGUCAUUAAGUGAAACUGCAGCCGUGCUUAUUGUCAUACUUCAGCAUCCCUUUGUUUUACAAAAGGUUCCAAAGUUGUUUUUUUCAUCACCAUCAUAACUGAAGGUUUGCUGUCCAAGGACAGUUGCUAAAUAAGGACUAUCUGUAAUCGAAGAGCAGGAUAGAAAAUUAUAUUUUGAAGAACUUUCAAAUUUGUGACAUCUAUUGUCAUGUUCAGUCUAAAGUGGAAUGGAGAAGUAAGAAUUAUACCAUCUGAUUCUGUGAUAU